GACCGAGCGUGGCACGCAGGCGACGCCCCCCGGGGUCCGGUCACCCCGAAGGAGCCAGCCGGUCGAGCGCACAUUUGCUGACGGACGAGCGUGAUAGAGAGGCGGGAGCUGCGAGCGAACCCGGCGCGAUGAGCGGCGAGGGCGGCUACAACUUCAGGCGGACGGCUAUACGGCGGAAGCCCGGUCCCUUCUACCUGCCGCUGGGGACCCCUCAGCCCUGGAGACCCUCGGGGACGCACUGGGGACGGCCCGAGACGGACGCCUUCAGGAGCCAGGCACCUGCGGACUGCCCAGACACGCAAAUAGAGGUCCAUGGAGAAGUCGGCUUUCCCAAGAUCUUACAGCAAGUCGCUGGCUGUUCUUACUCAUUGAGUUCCAGUUCUGUGCCAAGCGGCAGUACCUGUCCAAAGAUCACUGUUGUUUCACCUUAUUUGAAAAGAAGCACGACCCCACAGGUUGAUCAGAAUGUAUCUAACGAAGAGGCUCAGGGAAUAAAUGGAAAAACGCCCGCGAAACACUCAGCUGCAAGUCCAAAGCCACAAGUGCCUCCAAAGCCAUUGCAUCUGCAGAAUUCACCUUCGUCCAAUAUACACCAAACCCCCAGGCAUAAAGCUUUAUCUAGUGAGAAACCAAGGAUGGAGGAAGUUAAACCUGCCUCUGCUUCUUGUGUCUCAAAAGAAAAACCCAGUAAGGUAUCAGAUCUCAUCAGUCGCUUUGAAGGAGGCAGCACAUUAUCAAAUUACAGUGAUUUGAAGAAAGAUUCUGGUGUGAACCUGAAUGUUCCUAGGACCCCAGGAAGGCACGGACUGGCAACCACCCCUCAGCAAAAGCUCCUCUCCCAGCACCCACCACCGAAGCUAGAAAAUGACACUGAUCCAACUCAGGGUGUACAGACUGGUGUGGCUAAUGGCGUGACAGCUGCACAAAACCAGAUAGAAUGGGAGGAGGAUAAAGCGGCCACUCUUAGCCCAGAAACUCCAGUUCAAGCUCUGGAACCCUUGCUUGCUGUGAGCCUAGUGAACGGAGAAGGAGAGGAGGAAGCGACCACAGGCCCUGCAUCCCCCACAGCAAAGGAUGAUGACGGAAAUGCUGCUGACAAUAGCUGCAGGACUCCCAGGGUCAGCCAGGUGCUCCCCCUGGAAGAAGGAAGGGCAGACACGGAAGCCCAGGUGCAAGAGCAGGAAGAUGGAGAAAGCCCUCUGGAAUCGGACCAGCUGGACCCGCACCCCGAGAUGAAGGAAACUAAUGAGCAAAAGCUUCACAAAAUAGCCAACGAACUUUUGCUUACAGAAAGAGCUUAUGUCAACCGACUUGACCUCUUAGAUCAGGUAUUUUACUGCAAAUUAUUAGAAGAAGCAAAUCGAGGCUCAUUUCCAGCAGAGAUGGUGAAUAAAAUCUUUUCUAAUAUUUCAUCAAUAAAUGCCUUCCAUAGUAAAUUCCUUUUGCCAGAGCUGGAAAAACGAAUGCAAGAAUGGGAAACAACCCCUAGAAUUGGUGACAUCCUUCAGAAAUUGGCACCAUUCCUUAAGAUGUAUGGAGAAUAUGUGAAAGGAUUUGAUAACGCAAUGGAAUUGGUUAAGAACAUGACCGAGCGUAUUCCCCAGUUCAAAUCAGUAGUUGAAGAAAUUCAGAAACAGAAGAUCUGUGGGAGCUUGACUUUGCAGCAUCACAUGCUGGAGCCUGUUCAGCGGAUUCCCCGGUAUGAGAUGCUCCUGAAGGACUACCUGAGGAAGUUGCCCCCUGAUUCUCCGGACUGGAAUGAUGCUAAAAAAUCACUUGAAAUUAUAUCUACAGCAGCAAGCCAUUCUAAUAGUGCAAUAAGAAAAAUGGAGAACCUAAAGAAACUGUUAGAGAUUUAUGAAAUGUUGGGAGAGGAGGAAGACAUUGUAAAUCCUUCAAAUGAACUAAUAAAAGAGGGACAAAUCCUCAAACUCGCUGCUCGGAACACAUCAGCACAAGAACGCUACCUUUUCUUAUUCAACAACAUGUUGCUGUACUGUGUACCAAGAUUCAGCUUGGUGGGUUCUAAAUUCACAGUUCGAACCAGGGUUGGCAUCGAUGGAAUGAAAAUUGUGGAGACUCACAAUGAAGAAUAUCCACACACUUUCCAGGUGUCUGGGAAAGAGAGAACACUGGAACUACAAGCCAGUUCUGAGCAAGACAAAGAAGAAUGGAUUAAGGCUCUUCAAGAGACCAUUGAUGCUUUCCAUCAGAGGCAUGAAACCUUCAGAAAUGCAAUUGCAAAGGAUAAUGACAUGCAGUCAGAAGUUUCUACUGCUGAGCUGGGGAAAAGAGCUCCAAGAUGGAUCCGAGAUAACGAAGUAACAAUGUGUAUGAAAUGCAAAGAGUCUUUCAAUGCACUGACAAGAAGAAGGCAUCAUUGUCGAGCAUGUGGACAUGUGGUUUGUUGGAAGUGUUCUGAUUACAAAGCUCAACUUGAGUACGAUGGUGGAAAAUUAAACAAAGUUUGUAAAGACUGUUAUCAAAUAAUAAGUGGAUUCACAGAUAGUGAAGAAAAAAAAAGAAAAGGAAUUUUAGAGAUUGAAUCAGCAGAAGUAUCUGGAAACAGUGUAGUGUGCAGCUUUCUUCAGUAUAUGGAGAAGUCAAAACCUUGGCAGAAAGCUUGGUGUGUGAUCCCCAAACAAGACCCUCUUGUGCUGUACAUGUACGGUGCCCCCCAGGACGUCCGAGCCCAGGCCACCAUUCCACUCCUCGGUUAUGUUGUGGACGAUCUGCCAAAGAGUGCAGACCUGCCCCACAGUUUCAAACUGACCCAGUCCAAGUCUGUGCACAGCUUUGCUGCAGACAGUGAGGAACUGAAACAGAAGUGGCUGAAAAUCAUCUUUUUAGCUGUCACAGGUGAGACACCAGAUGGUCCCAACAAGCAUCCAGCCACCUUGGAUGAUCAUGCUGAACCUAAGAAAAAAUUAGAAUGCUGAACUCCAGGACCAUCCAUGACAUGGAGGUCUCAAGAUUUACAGCCCAAGACAUUCCCAGCCCUCCUUAUUCAUCUCUUAGCACUUUAUGUUGGAAAAUAUAGGCUCAUAAAUGCAUCUUUUGGGGGACUAUUUUCCUGUUUUUCUGUACCCUUAGUGAAACUGAUGUGCAGAGCCAUUCUACCGAUAAAAGUUUGAAAUAAUGUGAAA